UCAUUGGCCGCGGAUAUGUUCCUGUCGAGAAAGAAUCUUGAGUCGUGGGAGAGCGAAAGGGUGAAAGCAGAGAAAGGGUUUGGGGAAGGCGAUUCCGGCGAUGGCGGAGCACGCGGAGGAGACCUUGAUCGAGCAGGUAAUGGAGAAGAUCCGCGACGGCGUUGACUCCUCGUCGUCGUCGGACUCUGACGACGAGAAGUCGAAGGCGUCGGUGGUGACGGAGGCCGUCAAGUCCAAGAUCAGCCGCCUCUUCGGCCGGGAGAAGCCCGUCCACCAGAUCUUGGGCGGUGGAAAGCCUGCUGAUGUUUUCCUGUGGAAGAACAAGAAAGCCUCUGCUGCUGUGCUUGGUGGGGCCACGGCUACCUGGAUCUUUUUUGAGUUGAUGGAAUACCAUUUACUUACUUUGUUCUGCCACUGCCUUAUAUUGUCUCUUGCUAUCAUUUUCCUCUGGUCAAAUGCUACUUUCUUGAUCAACAAUAGGUCUCCACCUCACAUUCCUGUGGUGAGCAUUCCUGAAAAUCUGGUUGUGGACAUUGCACUUUCUCUCAGAUAUGAGAUUAAUAGGGGUUUUGCUGUUUUAAGGGAAAUUGCAACAGGACGUGAUCUGAAGAAGUUCCUCAUUGUGAUUGCUGGGCUGUGGGUUCUUUCAACCAUCGGGAGGUGCUGCAAUUUCUUGACUUUGUUUUAUAUAGUCUUUGUCACGCUGCACACUGUGCCUUUCUUAUAUGAUAAGUAUGAAGACAAAGUUGAUGCAUUUGCCGAGAAAGCAUCAGUGGAGUUAAAGAAGCACUAUGCAGUUUUUCAGGCCAAGUAUUUGAGCAAGAUACCUAGGGGACCAUUGAAAGACAAAAAGUUCCUGUAGGCAAAAAGGUACACUGUGGCUCCAGUCGUUGUUAUGACCACUUUAUUUUGCUUUGAACUCUUCCUUAUCCUGAACGAAGUAUCUUGUCUUUGAUAAUGUUAAUGUGGUAGCUGGGAGCUAUUCCAGGUUUUUAUGACAUGGAUCAUACGUAUGUUGGCAUUAUCAUUCCAAGCAUUAGCAUUGAAUUGUA